CAGAAGUCGUCCCGAACGAACGAGACACUCGCACCACUCAUCCACUUCUCUCUCUAGCCGCUCUCCAUUCCCCAUGCCACCGUCUCCCGUCCGCUCCACGCCCCCACCUCCCCACCGCCGUCCCCAGCUCACCGGCGCUGCCCUAUCCUAUCCUCGCCGCCACGCGCAUUUGCUGCCGCGCGACGACAUCGGCGCCCUCGUAGCUGGGACUCCGCCUAGUCAACUUUGAUUGGGAGGUGGUGACGCAUCCGUACCGGCGGGGAGGUGGUGGAUGGGGCGCGGCCAUUUGCGAGCACCAGGAGCGGUGGUGGUGGCCAGGGCUGCGCCGUGUCCGGGGCAAAGUGCACCGCACUGAGGAGGCGUCGGCAUCGACGGCAGGGCGCGGAGGCGCACCUCGAUUCAGGAGACGCGCGCGCGGGAGGCGACGUUGUCGCUUGUCCAUCAAGAGCAGAUGCGGGCGGAGGCGGCGAGCGCGCUGUCGGCCACGUCGGGGACGGGAUGCCCCUCCCACUCCCACUCGCUGCGCGUCGAGCUUGACAUGGCCGCGAGCUUGCUUUCUAGGCGGGGGCUGCGGGGUGGUGCACGCCAUGGAGACCGCUGGGCUCGCCACUGAUUUUGAGCAGCGUCAUGGGAGCCAGCAAGAGACGAUUCAUCAAUUGUGUUGCUGACGAAGGAGUUGGACUAGAAGACUUUGAAGACCCAGAAGACUUUGCUGAGCCAGGCAAGCAGCCCUUUGACCAUACCGUGAAACCUUUUUAUGCAUGUCAUAUAGCACUUGUUGUUGUUGCACCGGAAUCAUGAUGGGAGGGUACCACUUUGGCAUGGAAGAGCAGGAAUUUGAGGAAGAGUUGUUCUGAGCCGAACAUGCGAACGGGACGAUGUCCCAGUCAGAAUGCCUGUAGGGUUAAAGCAGAUUGCAUGGGUUCUACUUAUCUAUGAAGACUUCCGCUAUUUGUGUUUAUUCGAUGUUUAGCCGUGAGGCUUAUCUAUGUAAGACUUGACCAUAAUGGUCAUAAUUUGUGUAAGACGGUACGUUUGGAUGUAAGACUCUUGUUAUUCAGCAUCUGUGUCUUCAGUGAGCAUUGAUCUUUGGGAUCACUGUACACGUGCAUUUGGUGAUCUCGGCUCAUAAGUCGGGGUCCCCACAGAACUGGUAUCAGAGCCAUCCUGGCUGUAGGAAGCCUUAGUUAGCAUGGGCAUUAGUUAGGAUAAAACCCGUUUUGCAAAACCCUCUAUACUCCUCUUCUUUUCUAAGCUUACCAAACCCAAGAUAUACUUCCAUAUUGACCUCUCCCAUUCAACCUUGUAGAUGGCUGUCGUACCCGAAGACUUCCUGACCACCGGAUUUCCCGUGCUUCUCGAAGAUAGUCUCAAGAAGUGCUAGUUUCACCGAGCCCCCAUUUUUACAUACCAUGAGAAUUGGAUCAAUGACACUGAGAUGGAGUAUCAUGUGGAAGUGAUCAUGAAGGCUAAUGACUCUCCAACAAGCUAGUUCUUCGAGGGACCCCAGAUGGCAACACUGGUUCUUGUCGUCGAGACGGCGACCCUCAAGGCACUCAACCGCCUCCGAGACCUUCUUUCCGAGAUGGAAGACGAGUUGGCAACCCGCUUCUUGCCUUAUUAGAAAGAGGGUGAGGAUGAGAGCAGCGCACCAGCUCGACCAUUGGAGGAAGGACUUCCACUCCGAUUCCAGACCUACUUCAGCCUUUGUGCCGAUAGCUUGGCACAACACUUGGCCUCGGAAUCAAUGGAGCUCUGAAAGGAACUUCAUGAGACCAAGGCACUUCUUCGCCAAGCACAAGGGAAGACGGAUAGGAUCAAGAAAGAAGGUGCUCCCCCUGGAUAGCCCACCAUCGCAUAUCGAGGCAGAAGACCCCCAAAGGAUGGAGGAUCCCCACAGCAACACCGCAUGAGUGCAAGGGAGUACUGCAAGCUCUUUGCACCACCGGCAAAGCAACGCCGUGUUGAGCUCCUCCACUCCCCCACCCCUUCAAGUGAAGAGGAAAGUCAGGAUGCUGAUGAUGAGGAGGAAGACCCAGAAGAGGCAGACUACGCGACCGAGCAUUCCACCACUUAGGCAUCAUCCGAACCCGGAUAUGCCAGUUCGUAACCCCUACGGUAGGAUAGGUCGUGUACCCCCUAGGCGAAGUCGAGUCCUUGUAAUGGUUCAUAUGAAACCAUGCAGUGUUGUGUUUGCUUUUGAUGUGUUUGAUGGACGUCGUGCUUUCCUUCGGGAACUUGUAAGCGACUACAUCAUCCAUUUGGAUUUUAAUGAAUGUGUUGGCCUUUUUGGCCCUUGCAUGAAAACAAUUAGUAUUAUAACGACCCCCUUACUAGGCAUCCCGUCUAUAUUGCUUUCCCUCAUCUUUCCCAAUCAUGAGACCUUGACCGCUCCAACAGGAUGCCUGUUGUAACACGAACUGGUACCUCCACCCAGCAGCAAGAAGCCGGAGGUUCUGCCGGAGCAGGAGCCAGUCAGAACCAAACCCAAGGACAAGCUCCACCACCGCCACCACCUCCAAACAUGGACAUGGCUCAGCUUCUCCAAGCCUUCCGAGAGGAACGCCAAGCCAACAUUGCAUCCCUCCAGGUGAUUGCUCAGGCUGUCAACCGCCAGCCGGCGGGGAACGGCAAUGGACGUUCCACGUUGGCAGAGUUCAAGAAGCAUGCACCACCCACCUUCAUCGAGACUGCUGAACCCCUCGAUGCUGACGACUGGGUCUGCACCAUUGAGGAUCUGUUGGAACUAGUCGGCUACACUGAGGACCGUGAGCAGGUGGCAUAUGCUGCUCACUGUCUCGGGGGAACUGCCAGAGCUUGGUGGGAUGGAUUCAAGGUCAUGGAUGUUGGGAAAAACAUCACUUGGAAUGACUUCAAGGCAGAAUUCCGGAAGGCCCACAUUCCUUCCGGAAUCAUGGCCAUCAAGAAGCAUGAAUUCCAAGCCCUGAAGCAAGGAAGUGGCACAAUCAAGGAGUACAUGCAGAAGUUCAGUAUUCUAUCUAGGUAUGCUCUUGAAGAUGUCAGCCCUGAUGCUGCCAAAAGAGAGCGCUUCAUGGAAGACCUUAACCAGACUCUGCAGUACUCGCUUGUUGUGUGUGACUGCCCAACCUUUCCUGAUUUGGUGAAGAAGGCACUCAUGCUUGAGGACAAGCGACGCGCUCUGGAUGAUACUCGUAAGCGCAAGAUGACCAGCAAGGGUAGCUCCAGCAACCAGAAGCCUCGCCCGUGGGAGCCAGCCCCGGUCAAGCCAACCUAUCAGCAGCCAAGAGCCCCUACACCCCGCACAGACUAUCAGCCUCAGCAGUACGCCAACCCAGGCCAGCUUACAACAACCCCAAUAACAAUGCCAACAAGAGCAACAACUCCAAUCAAGUCACUUGUUUUGGAUGUGGUCAGCCAGGACACUACUCCAAGUAUUGCCCCAAUAAGAAGCCCGAUGCCCCGCGCCCCAAUGCGCAUAACCCAGGACAAGGCCGUGGAAUGCCACCAAGGAACCAAGCUCCUCGCAACCCGCCCAACAAUGGCAAGGGUCGUGUGAACCAUGUCACUGCAGAAGA